AUGUCUGCCCCCGAGGAAGCAGAAAAACCCUCGAGGACUGGUUCCGGAGAAGGGCAUGUACAGCGUUCUGUACACUAUGGCGCGCUGGUGGCGACACUCGUCUUUCGUAUAGGGGCGGUGGUGUCUUUUCUUCUUUUGGGCGUGUUCACGAACUCCUUCGUUGUCCAGACGGUAGUGACGCUCCUCCUACUUGCGCUGGACUUUUGGACGGUCAAAAACUUUUCAGGAAGGAGGCUGGUGGGUCUUCGGUGGUGGAACCACGUUCAGCUCGACGGCAGCAACACGCUGAGAUUUGAGUUUCGACCCGAGAGCGAGUUGGUGUCGACCGCGUUCGAGCGCCAGGUGUUCUGGUGGUCCCUGUAUCUUGCACCAGCGUGCUGGGCGCUUCUUGGUGUCGUAUGUAUGCUGAAGUUUGAACUCAACUGGCUUCUCGUCGUUUUUAUUGCUUUCAUACUCCAGGCUAGUCAACUUUCUGCAUACUGGCAGUGCGCUCGCGUUGCAAGUCGAGGGACCGCGUGGAGUGCAGCGGAUAGUCUCGGCGCCGCCGCCUAUCUAACAAGACAGUUCGAGCGCCUCGGCUCGAUGUUUAAACAGACAGCAAGAGGAGAUCAGGCGCCGGCAAAUACCAACGGGAGAGUUUGA